AUGCGGACUUUUACUGACCUUAUUUAUACCUUAACAUUGCUGGUUGGCAGCUGUGUCUUGCAUGUAGCUGCACAAAGUAGUUCACCAGCACCAGCUGCUGCACCGCCGCUCCGAAGCCACCAAUCUGCGGCAACUCACGGGCCCUUUAGCGGAACAGCGACUGUCUCUGGUGCGUUGAUGAAUACCGCAUUGGGUACGGAGAUACCUGCAGGUCCUCCCGCUGCAACCGCCACCACAUACCCAAGUGAUGGGCAGCUUCAUAAUCCCCAGCCUGCUCCUUUUGUCCCUGCCGGAGGUCGAGGGACAAACGGGACUCAGCCAGUCUAUAACGUCAAGAGUGAUUUUGACUAUGAAUCAUUGGCCCUAGCAUUGUAUCAAGAAUGGAUCGAACUAGAUCUCUUUCGGUACGGGCUUCAAAAGUUCUCAGAGCAAGAAUUCACUGCUGCCGGCCUCACUUCCGAGGAUCGAUAUCUGAUCGAGUUCAUGGCCGAACAGGAAAUCGGCCAUGCAACAAUGCUCAGUAAUAUCCUAGGCGCCCAAGCUCCCAUGCAGUGUUCAUAUAACUAUCCAUUCACCAAUGUCCGUGAGUUCGUCGACUUUUGCCAGAAGCUUACUCGCUUCGGUGAGUCAGGGGUAUAUGGAUUUCUCGGUCAUCUCAAUUCAGGUGAAGCAGCUACGCUUCUCCUCCAGUCCAUCACCACUGAGGCCAGACAGCAGAUGAUAUUCCGUCAAUUUAACGGCAUGUUCCCUAUGCCCGUAUGGUUUGAAGUCGGCAUCCCACAGUCGUGGGCCUGGACAUUGCUGGCACCGUACAUCAGCUCAUGUCCACCUGACCAAACCAGACUUGCCUGGCAAAAUUUCCCUGCUCUUCAGAUAAUCAACCAGCCUAACCCGGCACGCAUAAACGGCUCAGCAAGGACAAACGAGACGCUAAGUCCUGGCAUGAAUACGCUGCGUAGCUCCAACAUUACGGCUUCACAGGGCUGCCUCAACACAACCAGUCCAUCCACCGACUGUGGCCCAGCAAUCACCCAGAACCGCACAAACCCGCUGUCCUAUCCUGGCCGUGUUGUUAAUCUCUCGUGGGAUAGCCCCGGCAAGGCAGUUGGGCCAAAUAACAGCUACAUCACAUCCUCUCAGGCCAAAAUGCCGAAAUUUGUCGUCUGGGUCUCGCAGCUCAACGUCACAUAUUCUCCCUUGAAGAUGCAGGGGAAUAGCUCGGGGUCUACCGUGCAGCCAAACAUGGAGACCUUCCAGGGCGAUCCAGCAAUCAAUGGGACAAUGUUCAUCGCCAUUACGGACUCUGAUACGCCGUAUACGUCGUUCAACCUGUCAAUGAUCAACCCGCACAUUGUUGCUGGUCCAGCUUUGUACCAGGCUGGCUGA